AUGGAGAUUAGAUUUGAAACACCUUCGACGUGUAGUUCGAAUAUUUUUAGACCUUGGAUUAGUAGUGACAAACAAAAAACUUGUGUAACAGUGCCAACGAAAGGUGAUAACAAUAGUCAAAUGGUAGAAUCGACAUGCAAAUUGACAUCAAACUGUGGAAAGCCAUUCUCAACUAAUUUACCAAACCAUGAUCCUAGAACUGCAGGGUAUCAUACAUCAGCUUUUCAGCUAUGGCCUUGUCCAGAAUUUUUGCCAGAUCCGCAUUUACCGGCUCAUUAUUUUGAGAACGUUCAAUUGUCAUAUAUGAUUAGUCAACAUCUUCAAGAGGAAAAGUUGUCGAAAGUAUUUCGCGCACGAAAACAAAGACCACGAAAGUUCAAGUGCCCCCACUGCGACGUCCGCUUUUCCAAUUCCGGUCAGCUUAGAGGACAUGUACGAAUUCAUACCGGAGAACGUCCGUUCCGUUGUGACAAUUCGCAGUGCGGGAAGACCUUCACGAGAAACGAAGAAUUGACGCGGCACAAAAGGAUACACAGCGGGAUUCGGCCGCACGCCUGCAAUGUGUGUGGCAAGAAAUUCGGAAGGAGAGAUCAUUUGAAGAAACAUACCAAGAUUCAUAUGGUUCAAUUCAAUAACAUGAUUGAAUCGACUCCGAUAUUUGUGCCACUGUUUCCGUACAUUUAA